GACUAUUUCCUAGCAUCGAAUAGCCCGAGCCCCCUUAUUGUUGAGAAUUGUUUUUAACUGAAGGAUACCGUUACGGGUUUUGUCCUCGUCGGGAUUUGAGCUAUCACGCCUAGAUUAAAUAUUAGGGUUUAUUCCAGAUCAAAGAAGAUGGAAACGGGAGGAGAGGAGGAUCAAGAUGGCUUGUCAGUUCAUUCUCCAGGCCAGACUCCUCCCUCUUCGGCGUCUUCUCUGCCGAAGGUGGACUUGGAGUUGAGGAUAUUGGAAGCAUUGGAGAUUUACCCUCCAGCUAAAUUACAAGGUUUACAUCGCCACUUUGUUCUUUAUGGGCUGAUGGAAUAUAUGCGGAAAAGCUUUGAGAAGCAAUUCACAGCAGAUGAGAUUUUGCAGUUGCUAGAUCGCUUCUUCAAUUUGGAAAUGCUGAAACCAGAUGAUGAAGAAGUGGAGAACAUUAAUCACGAGGAAGAUUUUUCUUUGCCACAAAGCUUCUUUAUCAAGGAAGAGUCGUAGCUUGUUUAUAAAAGGUAAAUACCUUCAAACAUUCUCUCAUUUCCCUACUGUUACUGUAAUAUUUAUGAACAAGUUAUAGUUUUCUAUAUAGAAGAUGAGAUGAAUGAUCACUUUUUACUCGCCCAAAAUGAGAGCUUGUGUAUUAAAGGUAAAAAUCUUUAUACAUUCUCUUAUUUCUCUACUGUUACUGUAAUAUUUUUAAACAAAUUAUAGUUUUCUCUAUAGAAGAUGAGAUUAAUGAUUAUUUUUUCACUCGCCCCACCCUCAUUUUGGGCUAU